AUGGACGCCUCCUCCCUCCGCAUCUCCAAGUUCGAUGGAACUAACUUCCACGCCUGGAAGUUCAAGAUGCAGAUGGUGCUGGAGGAACGGGACCUAUGGGAGGUCGUCAGCGGUGAGAUCAAGGCGGAACAGUGCGAGACUCAGUUGGACCAAGCGACGUACAAGAGGAAGUCAAGAAAGGCGAUGGCAGUGAUCUGUCUAGCCAUGGAAGAUUCCCAGCUACCGUUGGUCCGGUCGGCAAGUGGUGCAUGCGACGCAUGGUCAAGGUUGGAAGACCACUUCGAGAAGAAGAGUCUUGCCAACAAGCUGUUCUUGCGCCGUCGCUUCUUCACGACAAUGAUGGAAGAAGGCGACGAUGUGCUCGAACACAUCAACAAGCUCAAGACGCUGGCGGAACAGCUAGAAGCGGUGGGGGCUCCAGUCUGCGAGGACGAUCUGGUGAUCACACUCCUCGGCAGCCUGAGUGACUCGUAUCAAUUCUUGAUCACAGCUUUGGAGUCGCGCUCAGACACUCUUAGCUGGGAGCUCGUGACGUCUCGACUGCUUCAUGAAGAAAUGAAGCGGAAGGAGCAAGGAAGUAAAGGUGAUGAAGCUUCGCAAGGUCAAGCGUUCAUCACAAGGGACAAUCAGCGCAAAGGGCAACCAGUGAAGAAGUCCUGGCCGUGCCACAAUUGCGGAAAGAUUGGUCACUGGAUGGCGGAGUGCCCCUCGCGCAUCCAAGAAAACACGGAGAGACACCGGCCACAGCGUGCUCAAGACAGCGGCGACCGCUAUCGAUCACAACGUGCAAACGUCGCUCAAGAAGAAGACUCGGGCGACUACCUCUUUUCGAUCGGUGAAACGACAUCUGCGAAAUCGAGCGACAUCUGGCUGGUCGACUCCGGGGCGACGCAGCACAUGACGUGCUCCAAGAAGUUCAUGCGGAACUACAAGGGGUUUGACGCUGUGGAUGUCCAUCUCGCGGAUGAUGGAAUCGUCCAAGCAAUCGGCAGUGGGGACAUUGUCAUGUCGAUGAAGACACCCCAAGGGAUGAAGAAAGGUGUGCUCACAAACGUGUGGCACAUCCCAAAGUUAUCCAGAAACCUGUUCUCGGUCGGCCGCUUCACCAAGGAUGUCGGCCCAGUGACGUUCACGAAGGAUGGGUGCUAUGGAGAAGCGAAAGGGACCAAGUGGAAAAUUGGUGCCCGUGAAGUUAAAGGACUGUUCAAGCUGCAAAUGACUCCAGUGGCGCCGGAACAAGCAAAUGCAGCCAAGUCGUCGGGAUGUCAAGGGGGCACCAAGUCGUACCUCUGGCACCUUCGGCUUGGCCACAUAGGUCACGAUGGACUCAAUUGCAUCGUGACGAAGAACAUUGGAAUUGGCAUCGACAUAUCUUCGGUGAAGAAGUGGGACGUGUGUGAAGGCUGUGCUCUGGGAAAACAGACUCGAGUGCGCUUCCAAUCAAACACUACAGCUCGCACCUCCAAACUCCUCGGAGUGAUUCACAGCGACGUAUGCGGACCGAUGUCGAUGGCAACUUUCAGUGGAAAACGGUACUUCGUGACAUUCAUUGAUGACAAGUCAAGAUACUGUGUCGUCUAUCUGCUCAAGAGCAAAUCUGAAGUUGCGGCGAAUUUCAUGGAAUACGCUGCGAUGGCCGAAACGCAAACCGGAAAGCGCGUGAAGUACCUUCAAAGCGACAAUGGGGGUGAAUACAAGUCCGACAAGCUGGCACGAUUCUGCGCGGAACGGGGAAUACAACAAAGGUUCACACCCCCCAUAUACUCCUCAGCUAAACGGAGUAGCUGA